AUGCAAUUCUUUCACCGGUGGGUUCCCGGAGAAACUUUGCUCGAGGGACUCAAAUUUAGGCCAUUUGUUUAUCUCCAGCAACCGUCUUUCCGGCGAUUUCCAUUUUCUGGUGCUAAUCUGUUCUUCAAUCGAAGUGGUGGGCAUUUCUGGAAUCAUUUCACGGGUCAGAUUUCGGUUAUAAUUGGGAAGCUCAAGAAUAUGUUUUUUCUUCAGUUGAGGCAAAAAGAUUUAUCGGGUCGGGUUCCAUUGAGUUUGGGUUACUGCAGAAAGCUUCAAACUUUAUCGUUGUGUGAUAACAAGCUUUCAGGAUCACUUUCAAAUACAUUUAGGUUUAUUCCUUCGAAAUUAGCGAGGUUGACCAGGUUUUCCGGUGUGAUGCCAGAAGAGAUUGGAAAUCUAAUUGGCUUGAAUGAUCAGACAAGUUUUUGUGUGUGUUUAUUUUGCUUCACUUCUGGCCUAUCUCUUUGUAAUUUUGCAAUGCACCGUGUGGCCAGUGCAGGAAAUACCUCAAAUUCAUCCCGUCCUCGUAAGGAGAAAAGAUUGACUUAUGUUUUAAAUGAUGCUGACAACACAAAGCAUUGUGCAGGUGUGAACUGUUUGGCUGUCUUAAAGCAUUCAGAAGCAAAUAAUCAUAAUUUCCUCUUCACUGGAAGCCGUGAUGGCAAAUUGAAAAGAUGGGAAUUAGGGGAAGAGGAUGCCACUUGUUCAUCUACUUUUGAGUCUCAUGUUGAUUGGGUCAAUGAUGCAGUCCUUGUAGGAGGGAAUACCCUUGUCUCCUGCUCUUCAGAUACUACAGUCAAGAUUUGGGAUAGCUUUUCUGAUGGAACUUGCAAAAGAACUCUCCACCAACACACAGAUUAUGUUACUUGUCUUGCUUCCUCAGAAAAAAAUAGCAAUAUUGUUGCAUCUGGUGGAUUGGGUGGUGAGGUGUUCAUUUGGGAUCUUGAAGCUGCAGUUACUCCAGUCAUUAAGAAUACUGAGACGCCAGCUGUCACUGAUUCUUCAAACGGAAAUUCAAGUCUACGUGCUGUAAGCUCAAGCAAUGCAAUGAAUGAUACUGGAACUCUUCUGGUGUCUGGUGGCACUGAGAAGGUUGUACGUGUUUGGGACUCAAGAAGUGGUUCAAAGAUGAUGAAACUUCGUGGGCAUACAGAUAAUAUUAGGGCUUUGCUUAUUGAUUCUACAGGAAGGUUUUGCUUAUCAGGAUCCUCUGAUUCUAUGAUCAGAUUAUGGGAUCUUGGGCAACAGAGAUGUGUGCAUUCAUAUGCUGUUCAUACAGACUCUGUAUGGGCACUUGCUACUACUCCAACAUUCAGUCAUGUGUAUAGUGGUGGAAGAGAUCUUUCUUUAUACUUGACAGAUCUUUCUACAAGAGAUAGCUUAUUGCUAUGCACAAAGGAACAUCCUAUUCAGCAAUUAGCAUUAGACGAUGAUGGAAUUUGGGUUGCAACAACAGAUUCCUCUGUUGACAGAUGGCCUUCUGAACACUUGAAUCCUGAAAAAUUGUUUCAAAGAGGUGGUUCUUUUCUUGCUGGAAAUUUGUCUUUUUCAAGGGCAAGAGCUUCUUUAGAAGGAUCUACCCCUGUUCCUGUGUAUAAAUCUCCCACCUUAACUAUUGAUGGAAUCCCAGGGAUAAUGCAACAUGAAAUAUUGAACAAUAGAAGACAUGUCCUCACCAAGGAUAAUGGUGGAUCUGUGAAGCUUUGGGAAAUCACUAAAGGUGUUGUGAUUGAAGACUAUGGACAGGUUUCAUUUGAAGAGAAAAAGGAAGAACUAUUUGAGAUGGUCAGCAUUCCUCCAUGGUUCACUGCAGAUACUAGGCUUGGAAGCUUGUCUAUUCAUUUAGAUACUCCCCAGUGUUUUUCUGCAGAAAUGUAUGCUGCUGACCUCAGCAUCACUCAGAAAGCUGAAGAUGACAAGAUUAAUUUAGGUCGAGAAACCCUGAAAGGACUAUUGGCUCCUUAUUUUUCUAAGAAAAAAGUUAGAUUCGUGUCUCAACCUUCAGUCAAUGGAGAAGCUCCAAGCAAAGAUAUAUCUUCCAAAAAUAUUCCACUUUCAAGACCCGAAGCAGAUGCUAAUGUUCAAAGUGAUUCCAGAGUUUACCCUCCAUUUCAAUUCUCAAUUGCUUCUCCUCCUUCAAUUAUUACUGAAAGUUCUCAAAAUGGAAUAUGGAGGAAGAAAAUUACUGAUCUUGAUGGAAUUGAAGAUGAUGAUUUCCCUCGUUGGGUUUUAGAUGCUGUUUUGCUUAAUCGGAUGCCCCCAAGAGAACAUACCAAAUGUAGUUUUUAUUUACAUCCAUUUGAAGGUUCAGCUGCUCAGAUCUUGACACAAGGGAAGCUGAGUGCACCUCGGAUUUUAAGAAUGCAUAAGGUUGUUAAUUAUGUUGUGGAGAAGAUGGUUCUAGACAAAUCAUCAGAUACUUUGAUUAGUGAUGGAGCUUUUGCUCCUGGAUUGAAGCCAUGGAAGCUUAAGCCUUCUAUAGAGAUCUUGUGCAAUAAUCAGGUGUUAGCACCUGAAAUGAGCUUAGCCACUGAAAAUGAUUCCAUAGGUCCCACAUAAGCAAAGUGUGAGUGGCUAAAUGUGUGGUGGUUGUUACACAAAAUUGAAUUUGGGAUUUUGUAUUUUGACUUUUUGACCACGAGAGCUGUUGACUUCAGAGAAAAGAAGAGUGAAUAAUAGAAGAAACCAACUCUCUUGUAAAAAUCCUUAGAGCUUUUGCUGGUUGCCGAGUUCAUUUCAUAAGGCUUUGUAUAAUUUUAUUAUUUGAUGGGGAUGGGGGUUAAUUUUAUGAAAAACAACAAUGUUUAGUUGUUUUUCGGUUGUAUUUUCCCCAUUUUUUGUAAUUUUUUUUUAUUAAUUCACUUUGUUAUUAUUUUUUGUCUUCAGCUGUACGUUAUGUAUGUGUUC